AUUUUUAGAACAUUUACGCGUAAUUACACAGACAGACUCAAAUACUGUGACUCAUGCUAUGUGUAUAUAAUAAAUUCUUUAUACGCCAACUUUCUUUCUCUCCGGAAAUUAGUUCUUAACUCGAGCUCUUAACUUGCGCUCAUCGCCGGUUGAUGACAGCUAAGUCCGGUUGGUGGAUAAACAGGAGGAGACGAGGUCGAAGAGGAGAAGGCUAGAAGAACUGAGAAAUGGAGUUUCUGGCAGGUUCGACGUUUGAAGCUGGUACGGCGGUGCAGGAUAAAGCUGCACCGGCGGCUCUGUUCUUGACGGAGGAAUCUAGCCGCGGUGGAAGCGGGAUCGGAUUAAGGAGAUGUGUUAAGUCUCUGUCGGAGGAGAUAUCAGAGAGUUCUUCAUCAUCUGUAGUCGUGUCGGGAGAAAGCAGCGCAAACGAGGAAGAGGACGGUGUCGUUUCGUCACGAGGAACAUGGUUUGGUUCCUCUCUUGAAGAUUCUCUUCCUAUUAAGAGAGGGUUAUCAAAUCAUUACAUAGGGAAAUCAAAAUCAUUUGGUAAUCUAAUGGAAGUGAGCAAGACCAAAGAUCUUAUGAAAGUGGAGAGUCCGUUGAACAAGAGAAGGAGAUUGCUUAUUGCUAACAAGCUAAGGAGAUCAUCACUGUCUUCUUUCAACAUCUACUCCAAGACUAAUAAUAACCUUAGUUCCAUGCCUUUACUUGCAUUGCAAGAGUCUGAUGAGGAGGAUCACAUAUGCAGUUAUGAUAAUGAUGAUAGUAGUGAUGAUGAAAUUAGUAAGUUGCAAGAGAAGAGGAUGAAGAUGACAACGAAUAAUAGAGAUUUUAUGGUUCAAACUCAUAGCUGCUUAUGUUUAACUAGUUUUCAAGAUGCUGAUCGAUAAUUCAUUAUUUUCUCCACUUGUGUUUCGUUUUUUUGUUUGUUUCUGUUGUCAGAGUAGAGUAAGUUUCGUUGGCAAUAAUUGAUCGAAAAUUUGAUAGAA